AUGGCAGUGGAAGUAGCAGCAGAAGCGGAAGAUUACAAAGCUAAAGCGAACGAGUGCUUUACAAGUGGAAAGUAUUCCGAUGCUAUUGACUACUACACCAAAGCCAUAAAUUUGCGAGAAACUGCAAUUUAUUAUGCUAAUCGCAGUUUCGCGUACCUAAAAACAGAACUUUUCGGAGCAGCUGCCGAAGAUGCCUCAAAGUCUAUUGAGUUGGAUGGCAAUUACAUCAAAGGUUAUUACAGGAGGGCCUCGGCCAAUAUGGCAAUGGGACAUUAUGAUCUCGCUUUGAAGGACUUUGACACGGUAGUGAAGAAGCAUCCAGAUAACAAGGAAGCUCGCAAAAAGUACAUUGAAUGUCUCAAACAGGCACGACUGCGGGCAUUUGCACGCGCGAUUGCACAUGACGAGAAAAAGUCCCCACUUGAGACGUUUGAUCCCUCGCAAGUAUCUAUUGAUUCCUCCUAUACGGGGCCCCAUAUGUCUCAAGAUGAAGACGGCACUUAUGUCGUGACAAUUGACUUUAUGAAACAACUGCUAGAGACCUUUAAAGCUCAGAAGAAACUUCAUCGGAAAUAUGCCAUGAUUCUAAUCCGCAGAUUCUACGAUUACGUUCGUGCUCUCCCAAGCCUUGUGGAUAUAACUGUUCCUGAUGGUGCCAAAUUCACCGUUUGUGGUGACAUCCACGGACAAUUCUAUGACCUUUUGAACAUCUUCGAACUCAAUGGGUUGCCGUCAGAAGAGAACCCCUAUCUUUUCAAUGGUGACUUCGUUGAUCGAGGGUCAUUCUCAGUCGAGUGCAUUUUUACUCUGAUCGGUUUCAAACUCCUCUACCCCAACCACUUCUACAUGUCUCGAGGCAACCACGAAUCAGAGAACAUGAACCAAAUGUACGGUUUUGAGGGCGAGGUGAAGUUCAAGUACAACGCCGAGAUGGCCGAGAUCUUCACUGAAGUUUUCAAUUGGCUGCCACUGUCCCACCUCAUCAACGAACGAAUUCUAGUUAUGCACGGUGGCCUGUUCAGUUCGGACGACGUGUCGCUGGACGAUCUGCGCACGAUUUCCCGGAACCGUCAGCCCCCAGACAGUGGUCUGAUGUGUGAGUUGCUGUGGUCCGAUCCGAUGGAGGCCUGUGGACGCGCGCCGUCGAAGCGUGGCGUCGGUUGCCAAUUCGGUCCGGACGUCACGCUGGCCUUUUGUCAGCGCAACAACCUCGAUUUCAUCAUCCGCAGUCACGAGGUGAAGGACGAGGGCUACGAGGUGGCGCACAAUAAUCGCUGUGUGACGGUAUUCUCCGCGCCCAACUACUGCGACACCAUGCAGAACCGUGGGGCGUUUAUAACGCUGCGCGGGUCCCACAAACCCGGUGCUAUGAAGCCCAACUUCACCAGUUUCAAGGAGGUGCCACACCCGAAGGUGCGUCCAAUGGCCUACGCCAACUCUCUGCUGUCCUUCCUGCCGUAG